AUGAAUCUUCCUCCUCCAGUUAUAAGACACAUAUUAUUGGAAGAAAACAAAAAUAUUGAUAUAAAAGACCAAGUUUUCUUCCAAACAGGCAAUGAUGGUGUUCACCAAUGAGAAUCAGGCAUAGUCCUUGCAAGAUUUGUAUUAUGGGCUGAGAAUCUGCAUGGGAAAAUAUUAGAGCUAGGAAGUGGUUCUGGACUAGCAGGGAUCACUUGUAGUAAGUAUAGAAAUUUUGAAGAAGUAGUUUUGACUGAUUAUAACGAGAGAGUCAUUGCUAAUAUGACAGAAAACGCAGCGUUAAAUCAUGCAAGAGUUAGCAUCAAAUAUAUGGAUUGAACAAAUGCAAGCACUUAUUUGGAUACAAGGUUUGAUUUCAUAAUAGGGAGCGAUCUUAUUUAUGAUGGAGCUCCAAUAAGAGAGUUGAUUCGAACUAUUGCAGCACAUUUAGCUCAAACAGGAAGUUGCUAUAUAAUUAUGCCAAAUAAGCGAAAAAUGACUCCUGUUUUUAUAACAGAAAUUGAGCAAGCUGGACUGCAAGUAGAAUCAUCCCCAUUACUGGAUGAAAGAUAUAGAGAAAGUCCAAGUGAGAAUAAAGCGCAAGGCUAUAGAGAUUUUAUUGAGCUGCAACUGCAUACUUACAUUUUGUAUACAAUUAAGUUUAAUAAUUUAGAAUAA